AUGUGCGGAGUAAGCCCACGCAUGUGCGGAGACCUGAGACCUGGUAAGCUGCCUUGCCCCCUCCACAGAGAUGAGCUGAACCUUGGGGACAUUUUCUUGGGUGUGGAGUUCGUGAUGAAGCAGUGUCAGAGGGACUCCUUGGACCUGCACGGAGCCCUCACUGUCAUCACUGCACACGGUAUCUGCCACCUGCUGGGCUACAGACACGAGACGGAGGAAGAAUGGACUGAGAUGCUGCAGAGGGAAAGCUACAUUCUGAGCGAGUACAACAGACUCACGGGAAGACAUCUAGAGCCACUGACAAAGAGAUGCACUCAGGAUAGGUGACACUGACUGUCGCCUGUUAACUCUGCUGUUGCACUAUGGUGCUUUUUGGUGCUUGAUAUUUUUGUUCUGUUGAAUAAACUUUUAUUCAUUCCCUCAUUCAUACACGAAUGUAAGUCCCCCCCCCUGGAUGCUGUCUUCUCCACAGUCACAAUGUGCAGCUACUGUUUUUAAGGCCUUUUAUCACCUGGCAGUAGACGUGUAGCAGUUUGUGGAUGUCAUUAUUAAAACACUGGAUGUGAAUGAAAGAAAGUUUAAAACAUCAAAUAAAAAAAAAAAGGUCUGUGCACUUUCACUGUAAUAUUUUAUUAAAAUCUGCUUUAGGAAGAGUCACUUGUGUAUGAAGGGUAGAAAAAGCUGUUCAUUUUUUUACUUCACAAAUACAUUAUACCCUCUUUACACUGCGUCUGGGACAGGGUGUUCAGGAAAGCGCAAUGUUACACAAAUGUAAAUCCAAGGUGGACAUAAAAAAA